UAUAUAUCAGGCGUCAUCUAAGGCAACGUAGCUAGGUUCAGACGUACUGAGAACACGUACUAUUUUUGUUAAAUUUCUUACGUACGCCGUCGUCACGUCGCCGCCUAUGAUUGGUUCCAACAGUGACGUCGCCGCGACGUCGCCGCGGGUCUGUCGUCUGCCCUCCCAUUCAAUCCCAUUCAAAAAUGAACACGGACUGACGGCGACGGAAGGGUCGACUGCUCCUUCUCCUUCUCCUGCUAAGGCCUUAGAUGUGUCACAAAAUGCACGCCAUAGGUCUGAAGGAAGAUAAAUCUGACGGAGACAAAUCCGACGCUGGGGCUAAAGGAAUGACCCAAGAAGAGUUCGAGCAGUACCAACAACAGCUGGAGGAGGAAAAGCAAGAGCGAGACGCCAGUUUUGCCCAGAAGAAGGCGGAGAGGGCGACAGUCAGGUCUCACUUUAGAGACAAGUACAGGUUGCCGAAGAACGAGCUGGACGAGACUCAGAUCCAGGCGGCAGCGGACGACGUCGAGCUCCCCACAGAACUGGCCAAGAUGAUCGCUGAAGACAACCAGGAGGAGGAACAGAAGCAGUCCGUUCUGGGUCACCUGACCAACAUCCAGAACGUGGACAUGGGUCACCUGAAGGACAAAGCUCAGGCCACACUGGAGGACCUGAAGAGCUCCGCGGAGAAGUGCUGCGUCAUGUGAUCUCACUGCAUCCUCACACCUGGACACACACACACACACACUGAUGCACACACACACACACACACACACACUUACUCACUCGCUCUCACACACACACACACUCUCUCUUUCUCUUUCACACACACACACACACUCUCUCUCUCUCUCUCUCUCUCUCUCUCACACACACACACUCUCUCUCUCUCUCUCUCACACACACACACACACACACACACACUUACUCACUCGCUCUCACACACACACACACACACACACACUCUCUCUCUCUCUUUCUCUUUCACACACACACACACACUCUCUCUCUCUCUCUCUCUCUCUCUCACACACACACACUCUCUCUCUCUCUCUCUCUCUCUCACACACACACACACACACUCUCUCUCUCUCUCUCUCUCACACACACACACACACACACACACACAUGCAUAUAUCCGGUGUGACGUGUAAGGCAUUGUUUGUUUUAUGAUGCUGAUGUUGUUUUAGUAGUUUAAAUGUCACGUGUGUUUCAUCAGAUAUACGAGAACCUCACAAAAACAUCCUCGGGUCACAUUUCACCAUGAAAAAAUUCUAUUUUGCACAAAUUAUUAAUCUUAAAGGUAUAGUUCAGCCUUAAAAUGAUAAUUCUGUCAUUUAUUCACCCUUGUGUUGCUCCAAACAAAUUGUGAAGAAUAUUGAAAAGCAAACAGUUCCCGGUACCCAUUGACUUCCACAGUAUUUUUUCUCACUCAAUGGAAGGCAAUGGCUGCCAGCAACUUUUUGCUUUUCAAUAUUCCUGAUAUUGAGUGAAUAAUGACACCGUUUUAUUUUUUUUGAGGUGAACUAUCGCUUUAAUGGUCCUAAAAUAGCCUUCCCGUCCAUUCUGCAAGAAUAAUUUCUUUGUUAUUUGACUUUGGGGUGAAAUGUGACGUUGUUUCUGGAGGUUUGCAUCACAUAUGUCUGAAGGUGUUCAUUACAGCGAUAGUCUCGAAGGGCUUAUUGAAGCAGGAAUGGAGGUAGAACCCAGAUUCCCUUUAACAUCCACACACACCUUCACAUUGACCCUUGACCUUUGACCUUUCAUUGAGUGGUGCUGUUUUGUGCAGGUGGUUUGGUGUCGUCGUGAUGCAGAUGUCGACCCUUUUCUUUCUGGUUGUUCCCUCUUUUGGAGACUCGUAAUAAUGGUUUGAGGUGAGCGUCUGGAGGAAGGGUUUUAUUCUGAUUCUGUGUCUGCUCGAGUGAAGACAUGCAGGGAUUAUUUGUUUGUUUUUUAUAUAAGCUGUAAACAAAGCAAUAUUUCCAUCUCUGAUCUACAGGACAGAGCUGGUAGCCAAUUAAUGUGAAGGCUUGUACUGGAAUUCCUGUUAAUCUUAUUUAUCCCUCUAGAUAUUUAUUUCUUUAUUAAUGGCAAGAAAGUAUUUUGUCGUUUGUUUUACUUAUGCCUUUGAUAGCUGUUUCUGCUCUGGACUGCAUAAGUAACGUAAUUACCAAUGUAAUGCAUUUAUGUAAUUAUUCUUCUGUAAUUUCCAGACCUUGCUGAUUUUUGACUGUUGAAACUGUAAUAAAUAUAUUUGUACAAAGA